CUGCAGUUUCUGUUGUACCCACAGCAUCUACUCUAGUCAUUAGAGCACUUAAAGAACCACCAAGAGAUCGUAAAAAAGAAAAAAAUGUCAAACAUGCUGGAACUGUAAAAGAAGUUUUGGGAACAUGUUUUAGUGAUGGAUGCACUGUUGAUGGUCAAAGUCCUAGAGAUUUAUGUGCAUCAAUUGACUCUGGCGAAGUUGAAAGAUCUUUAAAUUUAUACAUAUCAAUCAAUAAAUAA